AUGGACACUCUGUUCCGGUCCCAGCUGAUGGACACGCUGCGCGCCCCCGUGGCCCUCCCGGGACUGUGCUUCUCGGCGGCGCAGGUCGCGAGCGUCUGCGAAACUUUGGAGGACACCGGCGACAUCGAGAGACUGGCCCGGUUCCUGUGGUCACUUCCAGUCAGUGUGGAUUCCAUUUUCGAGCACGAGUCGGUUCAGAGGGCACGCGCUGUGGUCGCUUUCCACGCGGGAAGCUUCAAAGAAUUGUACCACAUCCUCGAGACGCACCGGUUCACGCGCGCCUCUCACGGCAAACUGCAGGCCAUGUGGCUCGAGGCGCACUACCGUGAGGCCGAGCGGCUGCGCGGGAGGCCCCUGGGCCCCGUGGACAAGUACCGCGUGAGGAAGAAGUUCCCUCUGCCUCGGACCAUCUGGGACGGAGAGCAGAAGACGCACUGCUUCAAGGAGCGCACGAGGGGCCUGCUCCGGGAGUGGUACCUCCAGGACCCCUACCCCAACCCGAGCAAGAAGCGCGAGCUGGCACGUGCCACGGGACUGACCCCGACACAAGUGGGCAACUGGUUCAAGAACAGGAGACAGCGAGACAGAGCGGCGGCGGCCAAAAACAGGUUGCAGCUGCACAGACUGAGCGGAGGGGACAGUCCCAGAGACAGCGCGGGACACGGGGACGAGGACACGCCCCUUUCCGUGACGGACAGUGACUCUGAACUGGAGGUGUGA